AUGGCCAUGCUCGCGUCGAAGUCGCAGUAUGUCGCUCCCAUGGGCAACUCGGCCCCGACAUCAUCUCACUACCCCCCGAGUUCCGCCAGUCACCGCCAUCCGCACGCCUCGGCCACCGCCCACCAUGGCACCCGGUUCGCCAGCCCGACCGAGUCCGAGUUCUCCGAGACGUACGAUGCGCCCGACUCGGUAAAGAACUGGGAUGAAGAUCGUGUCGGAGAGUGGCUGAAGACCAUCAACUGCGCUCAAUACAUACAGCUCUUCAAAGAGAACAACAUCAACGGCGAGGUGUUGAUGGAGAUGGAUCAAAGCCAGUUGAAGGAGAUGGGAAUCAAGAAGAUCGGUGACCGCGUUCGCAUUGGCUCGCAGGCGAAGCUUUUCAGGAACAAGGAAUACCGCAAGUCGAAGCGCAACUCGAAUAGGGAGUCGCUCGCCAUCCUCGACAGCGCAAGCUAUACUCCUCCGUCAUCCGGCUCUCCCAGACCCCUUCAUUCAGCAAGAGGUGCACCUACAACUUCCCGCCCCGACAAAAGGAUGUCACGACAAAUCGGCGGUGCUGACUGGAGCUAUACCCCAGGCCUUUCGGCUCGGAAGCAACCGUCACGUCCAGGAUCACCCCUCGUCGACCAAGAGAACCGUGGUCUCCGUCCCCCGACGUCCGGCACCAUGUACAGCCCCAAACACUCUGCCAGAAAGGAUGAUUCGUACUUCGGCCAGCCUUUGAGCGCCAACUCUACUUCAGGCCGCGGUCCCAGUCCCAGCCAGGACGCUUCGACCAAUAGCAGCGCUCUGCCCACCGACAAGGCCUUGAUUCGGGUCAUCUAUGACAACGGCAGGUCCUCCGUCAUCGAUGUCAAAGGAUUCAGAUCGGCCGAAGACAUCAUGCUUCAGGUGUUGAGGAAAGGCACGCUUAACGAGGCGCAUGUCAAGAACUAUUGUUUCUACGUGCUUGACGGCGCUGAACCCAACCCAGCUCUCUGCCGUAAGCUUAGCGACGUUGAACUGAUGCGUGUUUGUAACGAUCGGUCAAGGAUGGAGCGGAACCGCCUCAUCCUUCGAAAGGUCCACGCCGGCGAGCCCGAGGACGACCAACUGAAGGCCGCCGCGAACAUUGCCGCACAACAACACAGUCAGCUAAACCCCACAAUAUUACCUUCUACGGCUCGAGGCCAGCUCAAGAUUGAAAAGCUUACCGGCGAAUCCUUGGCUGCAGUAAGUUAUCCGCUUUCUCCGGCAUCGCAAAAGGAGCGCGAACGGCACAUCAACUCGACUGCCAAGGACCUGGAGCGCGCAGACACCAGCCGCUCAGCCAGCAGGACUCCAGACAAACCCAUGAAGCAGUUUUACGGCGGCCGCCCACCGAGCAACCUCAUCACCUCCGAUCUGGCCUCGUACUUCCCGGAUGUCGAAAAAGACGAGAUGGACAAAACCAUCCGCAUGUCUGUCAGACGCUCUCGCCGGCUGAGCAAAGCAGCCAGCCGUCUGAGUACGCUAAGCAACUUCAGUGUUGCAUCAAGUCUGAAGGAUGCUCCACCGCUUCCCUCGAUUGCGGACCAGUGGCUUAACAACAACGGCGGUCAGGUGAAGCCGCUACGACCACUCUCAGUAAUGCGCUUGGGACUUCCGUCUCUGGGGCAGACACAGUACCGCGAUUCGAUAACGUCUUCCGUCCUCGAACCCCUGGAAGAAGAAUCCCCCACCGAUGGUUCGUCGGUUCGCAAGUCCUACGUCUCAUUUGGCGGGGAUAGUGGAUCUGACACCGUGGCCGUCACCGAUCCAGACGGGCACACAACCAUGCACAGCUAUUUCGAUGAUGGCGGCAGUAGCUUCGCCGGCAGCAGCCAGGGCACCGAGGCCGGCGACUCGUUUAACAAGCGUUUGAGCUCCGCCCUGGCCGAAGACGGCGAGGAGUACGAUGAAGAGCUUGAGGAAUAUCUUGAAACCGAUUCGUGGGAGAACGUCAAAUACAUGAAGGGAGCACUGAUCGGCCAGGGCUCUUUCGGCAGCGUGUAUCUUGCACUGCAUGCCGUCACGGGUGAGCUUAUGGCCGUGAAGCAAGUGGCGCUGCCAACUGGUGGCACUGUUGACCCCAGGAAGGCGAGCAUGCUCGACGCGCUGAAGCGCGAAAUUGGCCUGCUGCGCGAGCUGAAGCACCCCAACAUCGUACAGUACCUCGGCUCUAACAGCGAUGAAACGCACCUCAACAUUUUCUUGGAAUACGUCCCUGGUGGAUCGGUUGCUACGAUGCUUGUCAACUACGGACCACUUCUGGAACCGCUGGUUGCAAACUUCGUGCGCCAGAUCUUGACCGGUCUCGCGUACCUGCACAGCAAGGAGAUCAUCCAUCGCGAUAUCAAGGGCGCUAACAUCCUUGUCGACAACAAGGGUCGGGUCAAGAUUUCCGAUUUCGGCAUCAGCAAGCGAGUUGAGGCCUCUACGCUGCUUUCUCCCACGAGCGGCAAGAAGGGAGCCAACCGCGUGUCGCUACAGGGAUCCGUCUUCUGGAUGGCGCCUGAGGUUGUCAAACAGACAGCAUACACGCGCAAGGCCGACAUCUGGUCGCUCGGCUGCCUGAUAGUCGAGAUGUUGACGGGCUCGCAUCCACACGCCGACUGUUCACAGCUCCAAGCCAUUUUCCGCAUCGGUGCUGCAGGCGGCAACGCAAGUCCAAACAUACCUGAAAAUGCCAGCGAGGACCUUCAGGUCUUCCUCGGCCGCACAUUCGAAAUUGAGCACGAGAAGCGCCCGAGCGCGGACGAGUUGCUGGAAAGCGAAUUUUGCGCGGUCAAGGCAUAA